AUGGCCUCUAAAUUCGAUUCAUCACUUCAAAAUUCAUCGGAUUUAAUUCACGACUUCACAUGUUCUCCGUGCGAAGAAGACGGACUUAACUCCGAAGCUCAGUCCUUUUGUGUGGAAUGCUCGAAGUACUACUGCUCUCGGUGCGAGCCAAAACAUGACGGUCUGUUUAAGCGGCACUCAGUGCUAGGUCGGAAGGACGUGGGGAAAUGGACGCCGUUGCCACAUACAAUCGUUGACGAUCUGGAGAGAUGCGAGCGGCAUCCAAGAGAGGCUUUGAAGAUGUUUUGUAAGGAUCAUGACCAGCUAUGUUGUCACGUAUGCGUCUCUGUUGAUCACAGGCACAGUUCGGUGAUACAACAUAUACCAGACAUAGCCAGAGGUAUUUUUGACAAACCAGAACUCAAACAGCUUCCUCAACAAGUCGGCAACAUCCAAUCUCAUAUCAGGAAACUGCAGGAUUCAUCCAAGAGAAAGCAACAAUCAAUAAAAGAGUCUCGUGCAAGAGAUUAAAGCUUUGCGAAAGAAAAUCGAUGAAGUCCUUGAUCAAUUGGAGCGAAACACAAUAAAUGAGCUGGACUCAAUGGUAGCUUUGCUUGAGGAUGUAAUAGAGACAGAAGUUAAGUAGUCUGAACGCAUGAGCAAAGAUUUGAAAUCGAUAGUUGAUAGCAUCCAAGCGAAGGGUAAGACAAACGAGUCGUUGGCUUUCGUAGGAAACUCAAGGUGUCAGAAAAUGAUUAAUGAAACAAAAUCAUUUCUCUUAGAAACAACCAGCUCAGCGUUAAACGACCUUAUUGGUUUAUGUGCUUCGUUACAAUAAUUUGGGGAGGUCACUAGCACGCCCCAUGUUUUCACGGCCGUAAGCAUCAAACAACUCAAUAUAUCGCUUAGUGGCGAGAAAUAGAAGUGUAGCAUAAGGGAAUAUGUGAACUACCAAGCGGAGAGCUCGUUCUCGCUGACGCACAUAAUUGUGUUAAGCUUAAUCAAACCCGUCAGGCAGUCAAUAAGUGCAACGUUCCCAGGUGUCCACAAGAUCUGUGCCAUAUCACGAAAAAUGAACUUGCGGUUGCUGUCAACUAUAAUGAUGAGA